AUGGCUGAUGAAAGUAAAAGAGGAGAUAAAAAAGUUUUUUGUUUUGAUCGUGAAGAUUUAAAGGCAAUCCGGAAAAAGCAACAGAGUAAUAUAGCUGAAAAUACCGAAGAAGAGCUUGGUAAAGCGGCUGCUCAAGCUAUUUUAAAAAAUUUG